AUUGACAUUUUUCAACUUUUCUUUCUUUGUGGGUUAUUUCCCAGCAUCCUAUAGUGGUAUUAGCUAAACACCAUUUUCAUGGAUGCCAAGAAAUGACCUGGUCUUUGCCUGUACCAAAAGCAAAGAAACCUUCCUUUAGAAAAAGCUUCACUUUGUAUUGCCUAGGCGUACAGGAUCGUUUGUUUUCCUGUACGCCUUUUUCUUUCGUUUGUUAACCAUGUUAACAAAAUCCCGCAUUUUGCUACUAUUCCUAUGUGUUUCUUCUUUUUCUCGCUCGCUUCAUGCUGAAAACAAUGAUCAAAACUCAUUGUUCUUAGCAUGUGGUUCUCAAAAUGGUGGAACAGAUGAAGAUGAGAGAAAAUGGGAACCGGAUACCAAGUACGUGUCAGGUGAUAAAUCAGUCAUGGCACAACCUGAAUCCCCAGACCCAUUUGCUCCAUCUGUUGUACCAUAUACAAAUGCAAGAAUUUUUCACUCAGAAUCUUCAUAUAAUCUUCCUGUUAUAAACCAAACAGCCCAUAUUAUGCUCAGGCUUCAUUUCAACCCAACCCCUUAUCCUAAUUUCAACAUUUCCAAUUCAUAUAUCACAGUUACUGCUGGCAAAGUUACAUUGUUAAAUAAUUUCAGUGCCUUUAUAACUGCACAAGCCUUGUCACAGAGUUACAUUAUCAAAGAGUACCUCUUGGAUCCUGUGGGUUCUCCAACCUUGGAGAUCAAGAUUAAGCCUUUUGGUAAUUCAUCAUUUGCAUUCAUCAAUGGAAUCGAAAUGAUCACGCUGCCAGAUAUAUUCUACGGCCCGGAUCCUCUGAUGGUUGGAUUCAGUACGAAUGUUAAAAAUGCUGUUCUUCAGCAAACUAUAUCUGUAAAGGAAAAUAAUAUGGAGUUAAUGUAUAGGGUUAAUGUUGGCGGACAGUAUGUUUCUCCGAAAAAUGAUUCAGGUGGGUUAAAGAGAAGUUGGUAUGAGGAUACUCCCUACUUAUUUGGUGCUUCAGCAGGUAUUACUAUGCGCAGCAACAUGACAAUUCAGUACGAUAACAUGCCAUCAUACGUUGCACCACUUGCUGUCUACGAGAGCUGUAGAUCAAUGGGUUAUGAUUCAAACGUCAAUAAGAACUAUAACCUCACCUGGGUUUUCAAUGUUGAUCCACAUUUUACAUAUCUUGUGAGGCUUCACUGGUGCGAUUUCAGCAUCGAUGCCACGAAAUUCAAUUCCAUGGUCUUUGAUGUAUAUAUCAAUGGACAAAUUGCAGAAACCGAAGUUGAUUUAAUUGCAAUGAAAAAUGGAAAAAAGGCAAUUGCAUUAGUAAAAGAUUAUGUGACUCGUGUUGAUGAUAAAGAAGGAGAUCAGCUUUGGGUAGCAGUGCAUCCAUCACUGCGUCCAUCAGGAGUUGGAACUGAGAUAGCUAAUGCUAUUGUAAAUGGAAUAGAGAUAUUUAAGAUCAGCGGUGGAAAUACGAGCUUGGCAGGACGGAAUCCUACAAUGUCAGAUUUAAUGAAGAAAUAUCAGGAAGAGCAUAGUAAAGAAGCUCCCCGGGAAUUCGCUGAUCCGGAGAAAUCACAUAGUAAUUCUGCUAUAAUCACUGGUGCUGUUGGUGGAAUUGCUGCAGUUGGUGUAGCUGCUGUUUUGGUUUUUGUUGCUUAUAAGAGAAAAAAGAGAACACCAGGAUUUGAGUCAGGCACAACUAGUUGGCUGCCGAUUCAUGGGCACUCUCAUUCUUCUGGUAGCAAAUCAGCUUCUAGAAGAAGUGGUGGUAGCACAGCCAUUUCAUCAGAUGCUGCUUCUAACUGCAGAUAUUUUUCACUGGCUGAGAUCAAACAGGCCACUAAGAACUUCGAUGAAUCUUAUGUCAUUGGAGUUGGUGGAUUUGGCAAGGUGUACAAAGGAGUUAUUGAUGGUGACACAAAAGUUGCAAUCAAAAGAUCAAACCCGUCUUCACAACAAGGGGUCAACGAAUUUCAAACUGAAAUCGAGAUGCUUUCAAUGCUAAGGCAUCGACAUUUAGUGUCCCUAAUCGGGUUCUGUGAAGAGAACAAUGAAAUGGUCCUUGUUUAUGACCACAUGGCACAUGGAACAUUAAGGGAACAUCUUUAUAAAGGUCAAAAAACUAUACUAUCUUGGAAGCAGAGGUUGGAGAUUUGUAUUGGAGCAGCCAGAGGACUUCAUUACCUUCACACAGGAUCUAAAUACACCAUUAUUCAUAGGGAUGUGAAAAGUACAAAUAUACUAUUAAACGACAAUUGGGUAGCUAAGGUUUCAGAUUUUGGACUUUCGAAAACAGGUCCAAACAUGAACCAAGGACAUGUUACAACAGUUGUAAAGGGUAGCUUUGGUUAUUUGGAUCCCGAAUACUUCAGAAGACAACAAUUGACUGAAAAAUCAGAUGUGUACUCAUUUGGGGUUGUCCUUUUUGAAGUAUUGUGUGCAAGGCCAGCGCUUAAUCCAAACCUUCCAAAGGAACAAGUUAGCUUGGGAGAUUGGGCAUUAGCUUGUCAAAAGAAAGGAAAAUUAGAAGAUAUUAUUGACCCACAGUUGAAAGGAAAGAUCAAUCCUGAAUGCUUGAAAAAAUUUGCAGAGACAGCAGAGAAAUGCUUAGCUGAUAACGGUGUAGAUCGUCCAUCCAUGGGUGAUGUCUUAUGGAAUCUUGAAUACGCCCUGCAGUUAGAAGAGAAUCCAGAUGGAGUUUUGUCAACUUCCGAGGCAACUAAACACGUGGAUCAUGAUGGUGCUGAAGAAGUACAUCAAAACAGUUUGAUAGCUAUGCAUAGAAGCACUUUGAGCCUUGAAAGUGAUAAUGGUGAUAAUAACACAGAUGAUGUCUUUUCACAGAUUGUGAAUCCAAAAGGAAGGUAAUAGCAUAAAAUAGGUUGUUCUUUCUUAUCAUUUGUUAUGAUGAGAGUAAGAAUUUGUACAAAUAUUAUACAUACUCAGUAUCGACUAUAUCAGGAAUUAUAGCAGGUGUGAAUAAUGCUGCUAUAGUGUAUCUUUCGAGAUAUCACAACAAAUUUUGUAUAUUUGAUGUAUUUUAGACAAAGCCACUUUUGUAACUCUCUUCAUUUCAGUUUAUUUGACACUAA